AUGGAGGCUGCUUCUCUCCACCACCAAGAGGGGUCUCAGUUCAAUGUCUUUCCAAAACUCAAAUCUUGCUGGUCAAAUGUAGGGGGUGCUGAGGUCCACGGGGGACCCUCUCUGCCUGAGAAGCCAUCACCACCAUCUCACAGACGGUGCUACCUGACUAAUGGUUUGGCUCCCACAUCAGCAGGGCUGGCUCCCACAAGGAAACUCAUGCAUUGGAAGAGACCUUCUGUGGUUGGGGCUGGGCUUCAGAACCUGGGGAACACCUGCUAUGUGAAUGCGGUCCUGCAGUGUCUGGCAUACAUACCGCCCCUUGCCAUCUCUAUGCUGUCCCAGCAGCACGGAGAAACCUGUGGGAAGCAGACAUUCUGCAUGCUGUGUACUCUGCAAGCUCACAUGACCCGGGCCCUCAGCCAACCUGGAGUUGUGAUCCGUCCCUUGCCAGGACUGCUCGCUGCCUUCCACACACACAAGCAGGAAGAUGCCCAGUUCACUCUGGGUGCAAUGCAGCAAGCAUGCUUGCCUGAGGACAAGCCUUCAGACCCUCAAUCUGAGGACACCACCCUCAUCCGUCAAAUCUUUGGAGGGUACUGGAGGUCUCAAAUCCAGUGUCUCCACGGCCAAAGUGUUUCAAGCACUCUGGACCCGUACCUGGACAUUAGCCUGGACAUUGUGGCGGCUCAGAGUGUGAGCCAAGCUUUGGAGCAGUUGGUGAAGCCCAAAAGGUUGGAUGGUGAAAAUGCCUAUCAUUGUAGUACUUGUCUAGGGAAGGUGCCUGCUUCCAAGAUGCUGACUUUGCACAUUCCCUCAAAGGUCCUUGUCCUGGUGUUGAAACGAUUCUCAGAUUUCACAGGAAACGAAAUGGCUAAGGACGUACAAUAUCCUGAGCACCUUGACAUGCAACCCUACCUGUGUGAGCAGAGGGCAGGACCGUUGGUUUAUGUGCUCUAUGCUGUGCUGGUGCACGCUGGGUGGAGUUGUCACAGCGGACAUUACUUCUGUUUCGUAAAAGCUGGAAAUGGCCAGUGGUAUAAAAUGGAUGAUGCUAAGGUCACCACCUCUGAUGUGACUUGUGCAUUGAGCCAACAUGCCUAUGUCCUCUUUUACAUCCAGAAGACCAAACUGGAAAGAGAACUUGUGAGUGAGUCACUCGGUGAGGGAGCCACAUCCCCUGAGGCUGACCACUCAGGCUUGGUUGGGUUCCAAAGGGAGCCCAAAACCGACUCCAGAAUCAAAGUUCCUGAAUUAGAGGAUCACAUGGAAGAGACAUCAGUGCAACAAAUCACAUUAGACCAGUGGAGAUUCCUCCAAGAACGCAACCGACCUAAGGCUGAAUUCAAUGUCAGGAAAGUAGAAUUUGCUCUUCCUGCACAUGCAGUCAUAAUUCACCAGUCCAAAUAUGAGAUGUUGAAGAAUGAUCCUGAACAAAACUUCAACCGGCUCAACACUUUAGCAGGAACAUCGCAUCUCAGAGGGCAGGGGACAUGGCCAUAG